GCAGAAGCCGACAUUGUUGUUAAGUUCGUGUGCGUCGUGUUCCGCCGUCGUCGCGUUGUCUCCCAUUUUUCAGUGAAAAUUUACCAAAAAUCGGCAUGUUUCCAGUGAUUGCAAGUUAAUAAACUUGUCGGAAAAGUGCAGUGCAAAAUCUAGUAAGUGGAAUUUCAAUGUUUAUCGUGGAAAAGUAGUGAUUCGAGGUGGGUUUUUCGCAGGACUCCCAACCAAAGUGUCUGCUGCUUCGCCAUCAUCGGCGUUUGGGAUUUCGCACGCACACACACACACAAUUUUGCCACACUACGAGAGAAAGGUACAUAAGAAGAAAGAACGCCAUCCUCAUUUUUUUUCCUCGGAUUGGAUUGAAACACCGAACGGUUUAGAGGUUCCGUCGGGUCGUAAUCGCUAUGGAGGUAGAUGAAAGUCCGGAAGUUACCGCCGGUGCCAACGUGGUAACGACUGAAGAAGAAGAUCCGACUGCUUCGACACCAGUUCCCAAGGAUGAUGUGCAGGAACAGUCAACGGGAGUGCUCCGGUCGAUUUUGUCCGAGGAGGAAGUGGCUGCCAUUCCGGCCGAGACGACCAGGAAGAUCGAAGGGCAUUACGAGCAGAAGCUGGAAGAGUUUCUGACCGCAAAAGCUCUCUGCGAAACGGCAAAAACCAAUGUUGAAGAACUAAAAGUUGAUUACGAGAAGCAAAUUGAGGAGCUUACGUUGAAGUACCAGGAUGAGUCGUCCAAGUUCCAUUUCUCUCAGCAAAGUGUGAAAGAGCUCCGAUUGGAGCUGGAAGACUGCAAGCAGGAAAUGACUCAGGGUAAGGAAAAGGUUAAGCAAAACGAUGCCGACACAGCACGAUUCCGUCGAGAACGUAACGAAGCAGUGAACGAGCGGGACACGCUGCUGAAUGCGGUCGAGCGAAAGACUUUGGAAGUUGAACGGCUGCAGGCUGAUGCGCUUGCUCUGGAGCAGAAACUAAAGGUUGCCAAUGUGACAAAGUGCGAGGCAUUGACUAAGUUGGAGGAAAUCCAGAGCAAAGAGUUCUCGCUUGAUUUCAAGGAAAAGCGAAUGGACAAGGAACUGUCAAUGCGGGACAAUCAGAUCCAGAAACUCACGGAGGACCUGAACCGGGCGCUGCAGGAUUUGCAAAACGUUCGUCGGGAUCAGAACUUCAAGUCAUUGACGACGGAUACGAAACUAACGGAGAAGACUGAAGAGCUCAAGAUUGCUACGGCUCAGAUUGCACAUUUGAAUGAGCAGAAUCAAGAUCUCAGUACCCGGGCUGAGGACUUGGCCAACAAAAUGUUGCAACAAAGUGAGGAAACACGAAAAAUGAUGGACCACUACCGGAAGGAACUGCAGUCCCAGACGAAACUGUGCGAGUUGUACCAGGAGGACUGUGAGGAUAACAAGAAACAGACCGAAGAACUGGGUGCUGCGGUUUCAGAGCUGAAGAAACUGCUGAACGAGGCAAGUGAUUCGUACGGAAAGCUAGAAACGCAACAGAAGACACUGAUCAUGAAGCACGAAAAGGAGCUGGAAACAAAUAAUCAGACCAUUCAGCAGUUGAAGGAUGAGCUGAAGAAUGCGAAUCACCUGUUGAAGCUGGCACGGGAAGAAAGCUUGGAGCAUGCGGUUGAGAAGUUGGCUCCAUCCGCUGCAGCGACGAGCCGCUUGAUCAAGUCCGGUAUGACGCUGACCGAGUUGUACACGAUGUACGUUAAAGCGGCGGAGGAUUUGCAGGUUGAAAAGAAGGAAAACAGUAAGCUUCAGCUGCAGAUCAAGAAUAUCGUCCAAGAGCUUGAAGAACGUGCUCCGGAACUGACUCGUCAGCAGAACGAGUACCAAAAUUUGAAGGACGCUAACGAGGAGAUGAGUCUGCAGUUAAACAAGUUGAUUGAAGAGAACGCGGACACUCGUUCGGAGUUGGUUUCGAUGCAGGACAAGGUUCGAUACCUUGAUAGCGAGAACAAAAAGUUCAAGAUGGAACGUGGAGAUUUGAGUCGGCAGAUUUGCCAUCUAUUGCGCGAGAUCGAACAAAUGCGUGGAGGUUAUGCUUCGGAGGCUGAUCAGUCGAUUUCGUCCGACAUGAGUGCCAACGAGGUGAUUACGAAGAAGCUGGUAACGUUCACUGACAUUCAAGAGCUUCAGGAAAACAACGUCAAGCUGCUGCUGGUGGUGAGAGACUUCAGUGCUAAGCUCGAAGAACUGGAAGUGGCCCAGAAUGCAAUGAGCCAGGCAACGUUCGAGGCGAAGAUUGCUUCAUACAACAAACGACUCCAGGAGAUGCAGGAAACGCAAGAUUAUCAGACGCAGAUGAUGCAGCAAUGCAUUCAGCAGCGAGAUCGCUACAAGAAGAUGUACCACGAUGCCAUGCGUAGCUACAAUACCGUGGGAUGUAAGGGAACAUUGGGUGCCAGUUUGAAUGGAUCGCUCUCCGGGGAGAAUGCGGACGUUGCUAUGGAUGAGGAGAUCCCGAGUGCUUCUACGGUUAGCGCCAUUUCCAGUGAAGCGGUUGUCGAGAAGGAGAAGAAGAUUAUCGAACUGGAGGCGAAGGUCAAAGAGAAUAAGCAACUAUUGAUCACACUGAAGGAAGAGUACGACAACUAUCGGAAGGAGAAGCUUACCAACGAUAAGAUGAUGAACGAACAGUUCGAUUCCAUGCGAACGGAACUUCGGGAGCUAUCUUCGAAGAACAUCAAACUGGUGGCCACCGUUGAGUACAAUAACGAGCAGAUUAAAAUCCAACAGAAGAAUGUGGCUACCUACAAGAAGCAGAUUUCUACGCUGGAAGAACGCAACAAGAACUACGAGACCACGAUCUCCAAGCAGGAAGCCACAAUCAUGUACCUCAAAGACGAAACGAUGAGCGCUCAGUCGAAGCUGGCUCGGGCUGAAGUCCAAUUGGAGAACCUGAAGCACGAGUGUCGCAUCCUUAAGGAUGCCGAAUCUAGACUGCAAACUGAACGUGAAAUUCUCAACCGGGAGCGCCAGAAUCAGAACCUUCUGUUGAACAACCUCGAAAUGAUCAAGGUUACCAUGGAACGUUCGGAAGCAGAAGGUCGCAUCCGCCUGGAGACCCGAUUGGACGAAACAUCUCGCGAAUGUUCAGCUCUGCGACGUCGUCUCCAAGAGGAACAGGAUCGAUUCCGUGAACUCACCACUCAUCUUGAACGGCAGAUGCAGACGGCAAAGCAGCGAAUGGAAGAAGAAAUGGCCAUCGCCGAGACCGUCCAGGCAGAACUCAAGAACACUCGCGACGAGCUGGAAAUCAAAUCCAGAAAGAUUGACGACCUGAGCAAGAAACUGCAGGAGACUCUGUCGCCCAACGACGAGGACAACCCGGUAUCGCAAGCCAACAAAAAGAUCCGCGAACUAGAGCAGAAGCUGAAAGAAAGCGACAUCGAGGUCGAAUCGCUACGCAAAGAGCUGGCCACUGCCAAGGAACACGUCAAGCAGUACUGCAAUAUGUCCGAAUCCUCCGAGAAGGAACUCAAGGAUCUCAACGAACUGUACACCACCUACAAGACGCAAACCGAAACCGAGCUUACCACCCUCAAGAAGAGCGAAACCGACCUGAAGGCCCAAGUAGAAGAGCUUAAGACGGAAAAUUCCCUCAAGAAAACAGGCGAACAGCUGACGUCCUCCACUGAUAGCGAAUCAGAAUUGCACAAAGCUCAGGUUGAGUUGAAGGAAGCUCUGGAGAAGAUCAGUGACAACAAUAAAGACUUGCGCGAACUGCGGGAAAAGAACAACUCCUUACUGGAGCAGUUGCAGGUUGCCGAACAGAAGUACGCCAACGAAAUGGUGCAGCAUUCAUGCGACAUACAGCAGUUGUCCAGCCUCAAGGAAGAAGUCCAGAAAACGAAACUGCAAUUCGAUGAACUUAAGCUGGCUCGUGAUCAGGCCAUUGAGCGAUUCAACACCAGCGAAGAGUGCUGGAAGAAUCGCGAAGAAAUGAUGAAGAAGGAAGUUGAUCAGCUGGAGGAACGACUAUCGGAUUUGAACUCCCAAAAUGCAGCGCUACACGAUCAGAUUCAGAGUCUCAGUACGAAGCUUUCGAUUUCAGCGGCCCAUGUUCUGGAACAGAAGCAAGCCGAUGAAUCCAUGAACGACAGCACCAUGGAGGAUGGGCCGGUGCUUAAUAAGUCGAUUUCGGACGAGGAGAAACGCUCCGUUGAUCAGCUGUUGCAGAUCAUCAAGUACCUCCGGAAGGAGAAGGACAUUGCAGUGGCCAAGUUUGAUAUCCUUCGCUCGGAGAACGUACGAGUGCAGUCGGAGUUGAUGAUGUUCCAGAAGAAGUUGGAGGAAGCGCAGUCCGAGCUGGCCACCGAGCGGGAGAAGUCCGAAACUGGAGUGGUAACUGCUGCCAAGCACGAGGACAUUCUGAGAAAACUUGAGACAUACAAUGCAAUUACUGAUAGCAAUCGGGUGCUCCGGGAGGAGCGAGAUGGCCUGAACAAGCGAAUUAAGGAGCUGUCCGAACGCUUGCUGAAGGCCGAAGAUGAACUGUUCCCGUUGCAGGAGAAGGUCCGUGAAUUGAGCGUUAAGAUCGAAUCGGCCACCAGUGAGAAUUCGACACUGCGUUUGGAAGCGACCAGAUGGAGACAGCGAGCGAAUCUGCUGGUGGAACGUUCGAACAAGACCAGCCCCGAAGACUGGAAGCGUCUGCAGACCGAACGGGAGAAUCUAGCCAAAAUGCUCACCCAAGAGAAGGAACUGUUGAAGAAGUCCAGCGAAGAACUGAAUUCGAUCAGGGUUGAGAAGAGCAAAAUGGAAGUGGAGGUUUCGAACCUCAUGAAGCAACUGAGCGGUUCGGCCGAGCAGAACAAAAGGUACGCCGAGGAGUUGGAUGUACUACGUCAAGCGGGAGCCAAGAUGACUACCGAGAUUGGUGAGGUGAAGAGUACGUUGGUGAAGCGCGAUGAGGAACUGAAGAAAAUGACGGAUGAGAUUGCCACUAAAGAGGAACAAUUGACGGAUGCCAAGAGCAAGGAACAGCAGAUUCGGAAGAUUGCCAAGCGAUACAAGGAUUCGUACAUCGAGCUUAAGAAACAGGUUGACGAGAAGGAAGGUGAAGGUGCUAAGGCUGUGGGAGAAGGUGCCGCUGGAGAACCAAGUGGAGAAGGCACUAACGCCGAUCAACAGGAGAAAGCCACCGAGAACACCGUGUCGGAACUCAAGGGAGAGAUUGAAACUCUCAAGCAGGAGACCGAGCUACUCAAGGGUAAACUGGAGAAGGCUGAGCGCAAUCAGGAGAUUCUGAAAGACGUUAAGCAUCGAAUUCUUAGUCUUACCGAAACGAAGAACACCGUCACUCGAGAGCUUACCAACGCGAAGGCACAGAUCCAAUCGCUGGAACACGUUCGCGAUGAGAACGAACUGUUGAAAUCGCAAUACGAAGGACGCAUUUCCAGAAUUAGCAAGGAACAUAGCGACCAAGAUAAGGAGAAAACAGAUGCUAUCGCUCGUCUGUCGCGUGAAAACGAACAGCUUACAAUGCGGUUGAAUCAACUCACCCGGCAGCUGGGGCUACAACAGGUAUCCAAGCCGUCUACCAGCGCUACCGGAUCGUCGGAGAAGACAUCAACGGAAAGUCCACGCACUGCCAACGUGAAGCCAAUUCCUGGUCCAAGUGCCCAGCAAUCUGCUACCGUAACACCCCGUCGUGGAGGCGAAACUCCUUUGGCCAGCAUCCGACCAAUGUCGGUGCAGGCUAGCAGCCGAACAGCAGCCGUCCUUCCCACAAGCCAAACCUCGAAUAACGUCGCAAUCGUACAAGGUUCCUCCUCAUCUUCGUCGUCAUCCAACACUGGCACCAGCAGUAGCAGCGUCACGGCCCUGGUCCCACCUCAGCAGCAGGUCCACACUACCGGAAGCAACAACAACUCUAACGAAUCCAUGUCCUCGUCUCCGACCAGCUCUCACACUGACUACAUGCCGGCAACCAGUUCGGCAAACGUGGCCGUGGCUGCCGUUCCUCCCAUGGGUACAGCGUCCACUUCCUCCUCCACGGCCGAGAGCAGCUCGCAGCAGGAGAACGAAAGCAUUCCAGCUCAGCAACCGAACGAACCGGGUCCCUCUCAGGUUCACGUGUCCGCCGGUCAACCGUCGUCCCAGGCGGUGGCCCUCGUUUCGCCCCACAUCGAAGGUGCACCGCAAAAUAGCAGCAGCGUCGUGGCCCAGUCGGCUCAGUCCUCGCCGCAGGUACAGCAGCCACCGCCGCAGGAGCAGCAGAACCCCGCCCCCAGCACCAGCGGCACCUCGUCCAAUGCUCAACAGAUCGCCCUCAGCAGUCACCACCAGGCGUCCACUUCGAGCAACACCGUAACCACGUCACAGGCUGCCGCCGGACACAAACGCCCGAGGGACGUUGAAGGUGAUAGUUCGACCGACACCGUGGAACAACCGGGUGAAAAGUCCGCCCCGGUCAACAAGCGCACCCGAAUGCAGGGCGGUGAAACGUUCCAAAAAUUGCAGGGUGUCACUGAGUCCGGAUUGGACGUGGAGUAUCAGGUUCCGACAUCGUCGCAGCGAGAUCAGGAGGAUGACAUCAUCGUGGUCGAUUCAGAAGAAGAAGGCAUGGCCGACGAGGGAACUGCAGACGAAGGUACCGCCGAGGCUGAUGAUGGUCCAUUCGAGGGCUACGAGGCGGAGGAAGCGUACGAACAGGACGAACCGGAGAUGGCUGGCAACUAUGACGAAGGUGAAGGUCCCGAUAUCGACGAAGACAACAUUCAGUCGGCUAACAAUGAAGUCGAUGUAGACGAUGACAAUGAAGUUCCUAACCAAUCGGGUACGUCUUCGUCAACUACCGGAGCGCAGGUUGCUCCGGAUGCAGAGACCUCCAGUACAAGCGUUGGGCAGAGUAGCAAUGCUGGACCUUCUACGUCCUCAGAUGGUCAAGCCAUGGAAAGUAGCAGCCUGUCGAACACCAACGAAGUACAGCAAAUCCAGAGCAUCAGCAGUGGUAGUGGCGAACCGUCGGGUCCGUCGACUUCGUCCACUACGUCAACGGCUGGUUCUGCCGGUUCUGCUACGGCUGCUGCAUCAACGUCCUCUGCGACCACAUCAUCAUCGACAUCGUCUUCCACGGGUGGUUCUUCAGCCACGGCGGCAGUCGCGGCUUCCAGUGUCGGAUCACCCUCGCAGAGCCGACGGCAGGUGAAUCCAUUGGCUAGACAGCAACAGCAACAGCUACUGCUCAUGCAGCAGAACUACGAGGAAAGUGCAGACGAUCGCAUCGUGCCGAGCACGCCGACCCUGUAUGUGCCGCGACGAACCGAUGGUUUCAGCGAUGCCGUGAGCUCACCGCAUCCGCAUGUGCCGAAUGCGCGGUUCACCUUUGCGGAAACCGGUCGCUCCGGUGCUAGUUCGGCAGCUGAAGCCCAUCAGCUGCUGCCUGAGGGUAUCGAUGAUACCAGAAUGGACCUUUCCCAGCUGGAUGAGUCCGGUGCCGCUAGUGGCAGUGGUGCUACUGGCCGUAGUGUUCCCAGCACUCCUCAGCAGACGUCACCGAACGAACAUGAACGGGUCGUCAUUCACGGGGAUUUGGCUGUUCCGUCGAACAGUAGCAACGAAGCCGAACAAGCGGGAGAACAGCUGGCUCCAAGUGGAAGUGCACUUUCGGUUGCAGCCAUGGAAGAGAUUGAAGCGCACGAAGCUGAAGAAUCGAUUGCAGGACCUUCCGGUGUGAGCAGCGAGGGCGAAGGACAAGUCCCAGAGGUUACCGUGUCUGCCGUGGAAGAUGACGAUGACGAUUACAUCACGGAAUCGACGAUGGUCGAGACGAGGGUCGACCACGACCAGGCGGCAACCACUUCGGAGGCUACUCCUGCGCCGUCCGGCGAGCAGAUGGACGAUGAUGAUUUGGAUAUGGAUAUGGAGGAAGAUCGGGACCGGAGUACGGGAACCGGUGGAGAAGACGAAUCGGGUGACGGUGUCACUUCGGAAGGCGAAAAGCCGGGAACGUCCACCUCAGCUCUCAUGGAAGAAGGAAGCGAAGCAGAAGUUCUACCAACUCCAGCCACGCGGGCUCGUGGUCGUGGCCGCGGCCGUCGUUUUGGACAGCGUGGCAGUAUUGUCAGAGCUACCACUUGGAGUGAAGGUCGAUCUUUGAACCGUUCCGGACCAUCAAUGGCCCCCAAUAAUCAACAGCGAUCGCCGAUGGGCAGUCCCAACAGAGCAUUCCAUCACCACCAAGGAUCGCCGCAUCGCCAGUACCAGCACUACGCGCAGCAACAGGUCAGCCCGCCGAUGCGCCGGAAUACCCGUUCGGCACGUUCACGUCGUUCUACACCAAACUAUCGUCCUUAGAAGACGGAUGUUCCGUUAAACUUACACGUAAGAUAUUUAUUAGGAAGACGCUUCUCAAGCUGGAUUGAGGCCAAGUAAGUUGCACAUUUUUCUCUCAGUUUCUUGAAUCCACCAACCAAAAUAUUUUCGUUGUACAAAACCAUAUUUGUAGCCAGUUUUCCGAACGAGCGGAAUUGAUCUCCGAGUGAUUCGCGGAGGUUUCUUAGGUAAACACAUUUAUUAUUAGAUGUAGCGAGUAAACUGUGGUGUUCACAUAAUUAUUCAAAUAUUAAUUCGGCAUUCACAUCACCCGGUAGAAGCU